GUAGGAAGAAAUUGAUCACCGCGCAGCAUCUGACAAAGAUACCAGUUUCCUAAAUUUCCACCGCCCAGGUAAAAUCCUAAACCCACAACCAUAUUCCGUUUUCAAUCCGAAAACCUUGUUUCUACGAUGCCGUCUCUCGAAGGGCUCACUGAGGGGCAACCAACCCUGGACGCCAUAAACAAUGCCACGGCACAAGACACUGAAGAGCUUACUUUUCCGCCCGUGACUAAGGAGCACAUUCUAAACUGCUCGUACGACAGCUGGUUUACCAAGUAUCGGACAGUGUCAAUCAGGUCCAGGAUUGUCAAGCUGUCGCCUGAUUUUGUUCAGUACAUCCGCGACGAUGGCAUCAUUCUCGCCGACGACGACGAUAUUCUUGACGAGGAAGAUGAAGGGGAAUGGUCCGCCUCAUCAAAUACAGCCGGUGCGCCUAGCCGAAACCAACAUCUCGAGGAAGAUAGCUCCGACGACGAACCUGAGGCCGACUCUCGGCCGCCGAAUGAGCGCUUCCCUGAAAUUCACCAGGAGAUCCGGGACAUUAUCAAGGAAUUGGGAGGCUCUGUUGCGCCCAAGCUGAACUGGUCCGCCCCGAAAGAUGCAGCCUGGAUCUCACCGCACCAGAACACGCUCAAGUGCACAUCACCCAACGAUAUCUACCUCCUCCUCAAGAGCUCCAGCUUCGUCAGUCAUGACCUAGAGCACGCCUUCGAGGACACCGUUUCCUCGUCCUCCAAUAGGUCUUUCCAGCCCAUCUUGGUCUUGAGACCCUUCUUCGCACCCAAUCCGGCGCUUGAGUUUCGUUGUUUCGUCAAGCACCGCACUCUCAUCGGUCUCUGCCAGCGCGAUUGGAACUACUACCCCUUCCUUGACGGCCUGCGGCCAGCGCUGGUGUCCAAGGUCACCGACUUCUUCGAGGACCGUCUGCGCUUCACCUUCCCCGACGGGUCAUUUACUUUCGAUGUCUACGUUCCCGGCGACAGCGACUCGCACGAUGAGCUCGGCAAGGUGCGCCUUAUCGACAUCAACCCCUGGGCGCCACGAACAGACAGUCUGCUCUUCAGCUGGGUCGAGUUGCUUGAGUUCAAGGUCCUUAAGCCUAUGCUGGGUUCCGUUUUAAACGAUGAGGAGCAGAUUGAAGGCAGUGGUGCGGACGAGACGACGGAUGACGAAGACGCCGAUGAGCUGGUCCCUGAGUUGAGGUUGGUCGAGAAGGAUAACCCAGCUGCCUUCAACUUCAGCACACCACAGUAUUCCGCGCACAAGCUGCCCAAGGAGGUUGUAGACGCGAGUUUUGCGGGUGAGGGCGGGCUGAGGGAGUUUGCUCAGCGGUGGAAGGAGAUGACGGAGGCUGAGGGUGGCGGUGAUGUCUGGGAGAAUCCUUCCACAGCCGAGACGUCAGGCUGAAGCUUGUUAUUUUACAUGGAUGGAUUUCUUGCUGGUGUCCAUAUGAGCCGUAGUUGUAUCUCCGACCGAAAGGUACAUUGGCCAAUCUGACCAUACACGACACUAGGGGGCAACCUGAAUGGUCCUAUGAUCUCAUCACCACAGUAUAGGGCAAGUUUGUUGCUGUCCUUCCUAGGUUUUCCACACCCAAAGAGAAAGUCUUAGCAUGUAAAGCAGAAAGGGCGGAACUCCUUCUUGCGAGAUUGAUUUCAAGGCAUUCCAGAGCGAUACCCACAUCAGGAUACGGUUGGUCCUCUAUUACGUUGUAGAUAAGAUGGCCUG